AAAAGGAAAAUAUCCAUGAGGCUGGGAUAUGAUUAGGAAAUGAGAGGAAAGCAGGAACUCCUUAAGCUUCUAGUUCUUAAGGGAUGGUGAAGCUCAGGAAAUUAAAUUCAAGUUAUGAUGCUAGCUGAACAUUUUCCUAAGCGAAAGAAAAACUGUUAUAGUGUAGCAGAAGUGUCCCUGAGAAUGGCCUUGACUUGUGAUUAUCUUCUGCACUCUGCACAGGACUCCAUGCCCAGGAACUGCAGAUGCCCAACAGCAGCUCCAUCAGCCAGUUCCUCCUCCUGGCGUUGGCAGACACGCGGCAGCUGCAGCUCCUGCACUUCUGGCUCUUGCUGGGCAUCUACCUGGCUGCCCUCCUGGGCAACGGCCUCAUCAGCACAGCCGUAGCCUGCCACCACCGCCUGCACACCCCCAUGUACUUCUUCCUGCUCAACCUCGCCCUCCUCGACCUGGGCUGCAUCUCCACCACUCUCCCCAAAGCCAUGGCCAAUGCCCUCUGGGACACCAGGCACAUCUCCUACACUGGAUGUGUUGCACAGACCUUUCUGUUUGUCUUUCUGAUGUCAGCAGAGUAUUGCAUCCUCACCAUCAUGUCCUAUGACCGCUACGUUGCCAUCUGCAAGCCCCUGCACUACGGGACCUUGAUGGACAGCAGAGCUUGUGCCACCAUGGCAGCAGCUGCCUGGGGCACUGGGCUUCUCUAUUCUCUGCUGCACACUGUUAAUACUUCUUCACUGCCUUUUUGUCAUGGCAAUGCUGUGGAUCAGUUCUUCUGUGAAAUGCCCCACAUCCUCAAGCUCUCCUGCUCAAACUCCUACUUCAGGGAAUUUGGGAUUCUCCUUGUUAGUGUUUGUUUAGCUGUUGGGUGCUUUCUAUUCAUUGUUGUGUCCUAUGUGCAGAUCUUCAGGGCCGUGCUGAGGAUGCCCUCAGAGCAGGGACGGCACAAAGCCUUCUCCACGUGCCUCCCUCACCUGGCUGUGGUUUCCCUGUUUCUCAGCACUGCCAUGGUUGCCUAUUUGAAGCCACCCUCCAUUUCCUCCCCGGCUCUGGACCUGGUGGUGUCAUUUCUGUACUCAGUGGUGCCUCCAGUAAUGAACCCCCUCAUCUACAGCAUGAGGAACCAGGAUCUCAAGGAUGCUCUGUGGAAAGUAAUGGCCAAAUGUGUUUUGAAAUCAGUGAACUGCCCACCUUUUUCUAUGUAA